AUGUAUAAACAUUGUCCAGUUAUUACAGCUUUAUCCGGGUUUUUAGUUUUAAUAAUUGGGGUGUUGUGCACUUGGUAUGGAUUUCCAAAAAUAAUUGAUCACGAAAUUUCGAAGCAAAUUGCGCUUCAUCCCGGGACGAAAGCUUUCGAAGUUUGGCAGAAACAACCAUUUCCUUUACUUUUUAAAGUUUACAUUUUUCAUGUUACUAAUCCCGAUGCUGUUAUGAUGGGUGAAAAGCCUAUUCUUAAAGAAAUGGGGCCAUACAUUUAUGAUAUUGAAGUUGAACGUACAAAAGCUGAAAUUAAUGAAAAAGAUGAUACAAUUAAAUAUUAUUUAAAGAAAACAUUUCAUUUUAAUAAGAAGUUAUCUGGUUGUCGAAGUGAAGAAGAUAAAGUAACGAUUUUAAAUGCUGCUUUAAUGGGGAUGAUUCUUCAAGUACAAACUAUGUUACCAUCAGCUUUAACAAUGGUAAAAGACGCUUACCCUUUCAUUUACCCAGAUUCAAAAGACGUUUUUCUACGUACAACAAUAGGAGAAUUAUUGUUUGGUGGAAUAACUUUAUUUUGUUCAGCUCCCGAAAUAGAUUUCUUCUGCAGCACCAUGAAAGGAUUUCUCCCUCAAACGGUUGAAGUGGCGGAAAAUGAUCGAGAUUUCAUUUUUUCAAUGUUUAGAUUUAUGAACAACACUGCUGUUGGGCCUUACAUAAUGGAAAGGGGGAUGAAACCAAAUUCAACAAGAGGCGAAUUGAUUUCUUUUUUGGAUGAACCGAGUUUGGAUGUUUGGAACGGUGAUGGUUGUAAUAUGUUAAAUGGAAGUGAUUCGGGAAUGUAUUUCACCAUGAAAAAGCCAGUUGAGAAAAUUUAUACGUUUACAGCCGAUAUUUGCAGAUCUGUUUUUGUAAAAUACGAGAAACCUGUAACUUUUGAGGGAAUAAAAGCAUUUAAAUAUAGCGCUCGUAAAGAAUCUUUAUCAAAAACGAGCGAUAAUAUGUGUUUUUGUCCUUCAAAUGAUGAAGGAAAUUACGUUUGUCCACCGGAUGGAUUGGUUGAUUUAAGUCCUUGUAUAAAAGCGCCGGUUUUAUUGUCGUUUCCGCAUUUUUUAUACGCUGAUAAAACUUUAAUUGAGUUUGCCAAAGGUUUAAAUCCGGAUAAAAAUAAUCAUGAAUCAUAUUUAAUUAUUGAACCAAUGACUGCUACGCCUUUAACCGGUGCUAAAAGAGUCCAAAUGAGUAUGAUUCUUAAAUCAAUCGAGGAAAUCCCACUUUUAGCAAACGUUACCCAAGGUGUUUUUCCAAUAUUAUGGCUGGAUGAGUUUGUCAUCAUCCCAGAUGAUUUUAUUUCAUUUAUGAAAUCGAACUUUAAAAAAAUGGGGCUUUUAGACGUAGUAAAAUGGAUUUUUAUCACCACCGGAAUCAUAUUGAUGGUCAUUUCCUUCUUAUUGGUUAUGCAUCAGGAGAGUUUAAUGUGCUUUUCGAAUCGAGGAAAAGUUUCGAUUUCAAAUGUUGAACCCUUUCAAGUUCAAAGUAAUCGUGAUUCUUCAGGGAUCGCUUUAAACGAUCCCGUUAAGCGUCCUUCUUUAUAUCCACAGGUAGAAAAUCGAAAUUUAAAUAUGAACUUUAUUAAUAAAAAUCAGCACAAUCAAGGAGAAGUUUGGCAAUUCAAAUUGUAA